UGUGACGUCGGCUGUAUUAGUGACGUAGCCAGGACAAGCUCGACGGUAGACCACCCUUGCAGAAAGCGGGACAAGAGUUCACAUAAUACUGUGCUGCCGACCUUGCCGUUCUGAAUUCAUAACAUGGCGUUUGGAGAAACCAUGGUGACCUCAAGUGUACCCGCCAUACCACAGUUGGCAGCCAGCUCUGGAAUGAAGCUGUCAAAAGAACAUUUCAUCGUUGCAGUGCCUGUAGCUGUGGUCGCUGCCGUAGGGGGCUUCCUGGUCAGUCGCUACCUGAGUGGGCGCAGCUGCAAAAAGGGCAUGGUGAACACAUGCAUCAGCAAAGAUAGUCCCAAAGUGGUGCACAGCUUCGACAUGGAGGACAUUGGCACCAAGGCUGUGUACUGCCGCUGCUGGAAGUCAAAGAAGUUCCCGUACUGCGACGGUGCCCACAGCAAACACAAUGAGGAAACCGGGGACAAUGUGGGACCCCUUAUCAUUAAGAAGAAGGACGCCUGAGCCAACCAAUCACAACUUCCCUGUAGUGUGUUCAAGCAUGGCCACGCCGUCUAUUGGAGCUUUACUACAGGUGUUGUCAAUAGCAUCUGCUACUACUUGUACACUAAGUGACAUCAAGGAGAUGUUUGAGUUCAAGAUUGCUAGCAGCAAAGACAAAAAGUAUUUAUCCUCUAAAAAUGGUUUGCGUCAACUGUCUUUCACGGAGUGUGCAGCAGGUGGUUAAAAUGAUCUUUGCCACUUUCUAACUUAAGCUCUAGCCUUAAAUGAAAUAAAAACACACUACCCUUAUGAAUGUUGAGAGUUUAUUGUGCGCCAAAAGCUAGAUGUUUCUCCUAAAUCAUGUUUGUCAACCGCUGGGAACUCUGCUUACAAAUGUUUUGUUGGGGUUUCUUUCUUUAGGUGUUCUAUUUGCAAAGUGGGAUAUGAUUCUUCUGUAUGAUGUAAAUAAACUUUUUUUGCACUGCAA